AUGUCUUCGCAGAGUCCCCCCGCCAGGCUGCCAGGUGCCGCCAGCAACCCCAUCAUCGUCCCAGACGAUGAAAAUCUGCCCUCCGCAUCAGAGGCAAGGGCAGCCGACAACACUGCCGUCAUCUCGGACGACGGAGAUGAGGAUGAGGAAGAGGACAACGUCCCCCCACCCAACCCUACCGACAAUACCAAUUCCAGAGCGCGAGCUCAACCAUCCACCGUCCCUGGCAGUACUGUCUCCUCCAGUAUUGUCAUUGAAGACUCCGAUGACGACGCCCCUCCCACUGGCGCUCCCCGGGAUAGCAACAAGAGGGAGAGAUCCCCAUCCUCAAACAACAGCGCAGCGGCUCGCCUUCGCCUGCUGUGA